UCACGUGAAAGUGGUUCUGGUCAUGUGAUGACGUGCGGUGAAAAUGGCUGCUACGAGGGAGGAGGAUGCAGCGAUGGAAAGCAUCUCUAGAGCACCCGCUCCUCCGAUCGACCUCAACCUCACAACUGAGCCCGAUCACAGGAGAGAUGCGAGAACCAACGACCGGACAGAGAGCCAAGCACCUGCCCCCAAAAGACCCAGCAACAACAAUGACGGAGGAGUGGAGACUGCGGAAGAGGCCACUGAGCCUGCUGAACCAGACAUUGAUGAGCUCUGCAGAGACAUGUUUGACAAGAUGGCAGUUUUCUUACAGGGAGAACUCACUGCCACCUGCGAGGACUAUAAACUCCUGGAGAACAUGAAUAAACUCACAAGUCUGAAGUACAUGGAGAUGAAGGACAUAUCAAUCAACAUCAGCCGCAAUCUGCAAGACCUCAAUCAGAAAUAUGCCAGUUUGCAGCCCUACUUGGAUCAAAUUAACCAGAUAGAGGAGCAGGUUACAGCUCUCGAACAGGCUGCGUAUAAACUAGACACAUACUCAAAGAAACUGGAGGCCAAGUUUAAGAAACUGGAGAAGCGGUGAAAAGUGGUUUGUGUAUGCGUAUGUAUGGACGGGGAGGACCAAACACCCCUUCAAAGUAGUUCCUCGGAACGAUAUCAACACGCAUGUUACACACUAUGAGAUUGUCAUAGCCUCUGCAUAGGUAAUGGACAGUGCAGCAAGUAUUGUUAAGUACUGAUAAUUCACAUAUUGUAUGCUCAUUUAUUAAUCAGAAAUCAAGUUUUGGGUUAGUGAAAUCCAAGCAAAAUGCCAGAGGGCAGAAGUAUACUGUAAUGUUGGAUAUGCUUACAGGAAUCAUUUUGAAAUAUGGUCUUAUAAAACUUUUAAACCAACUACUGGUUCCAGUUGAGAUGUUUAAGGUCCACACUAAUAUGAUUUUUAUUAAAAACAUGUUGAUUUUGCUGUUUAUGCCUCUCAUACAAACUGGAACAGCAUUUUCCUCCUUUGAAAACAGAGACUUUUGAAAACACUCUCAAGUAGUGCAUACUUAGGAAACAGAGUUUUCAACCAAAAACUUAAUAGUGUGUAUGUGACCUAAAGAUUUCAAGAGGUAUGGCUACAGGUAAGCAUGUACAGGAUAUUUAAUAAUGCUUGUUAUAUAUGUUGAUAAAAAUAAUUGACAUAUUAUGUCUGUUAAAUAGUGACUUAAUGAUUUUAUUUUUUAUUAUUAUUAUUUGUUUGCAUUUAGAAAAGCAAAUGUUUCAUUAUAAUUGUAUUGCUGUCUAAUUGUUUUAAAAAGCUCUACCUUAAUUUUCAAUUUGUGAACUUUUGGAAUAAAUAUAAAAAAAGC